AUGCUAUUCAAGAUCUUGGCAUUUCUGACGACAUUGCUCUUAUGCGGCGUCGUCUCUACCGCAGGUCAAGAGGAUGCCCCUGUCUCUAUCGAGGCGCAUGCCAGCCACAUUCUUGUGGACACGGAGGUCGAGGCCGACAAUCUCAACGCUCAGCUGAGCGAGGCCCCCAACCUCUUCGUCACGUUUGCCAAUCUUGCCAAAGAGCACAGCAAAUGUCCAUCCAGCCGCAAAGGGGGUGAUUUAGGAACGUUCGGUCGAGAUCAGAUGGUACCUGAGUUUGACCAGGUCGCCUUUGAGGGCGAAAUUGGAGUGGUGCACAAGGUCAAGACCCAAUUCGGGUGGCACCUUGUACUCAUCUCCCGUCGACUGGACGGAAAGGAAGAGCCGGACAACUUUCGUAGUCUUAAUAAGACUUUAAUGAAGGUUAUGCCUUUUCUCGGUCCAAUCAUCCUCAUUGCUAUCAUAGCUCUGGGGGUUCGUGGAGCCAAAGGGGGACCUCGAGCUCAUGCGUACCACAUUUUACUCAAAUCUGAAGACGAGGCAGACAAAUUGUUUAAGGAAAUUGACGCAGCGGAAGAUAAAAAAGGGAAGUUAUCGGAACUUGCUGGUAAAUACAGUACCUGUCCAUCGGGUAAGAAAGGGGGCGAUCUUGGAAUGUUUGGACGUGGAGAGAUGGUGCCUCAGUUUGACAAGGUUGUGUUUGAGGGAGAAGUGGGUACGCUGACGAAGGUGCAGACUCAGUUCGGGUGGCAUAUACUGUUGUGCACGGAACGUCUUGGAGACAAGAAAUCCAAGUAG